CAAAUAAUGGAGAAACAAUUAUAGAAGUAUACAAAAGAAUUAAUGAUGAGUCUGAAGCUAUUGCUAAAAAAACCAAUGGUAGAAUUUAUAUGCGUAAAUCUGGAAAUUAUACAUUAACAACUAUAAAAUUUUUCAAAGAAACCACUUUAGCACUUCAAAAAAGUGAAAAAAUAAGUGAACAAGAAAAUGUAUCAUGGCCAAUUGCACCAGCAACAAUAGAAGGAAAUCCUCUAAAGAAAAGUCUUCAAUAUACGAGAUAUUUACAUUAUAAUCUACAUAGAAUUUACAUAUAUUAUGAUUUAGAAUGUACACGAAAAAAUAAAUUGAAAAGUAAUAUAUUAUACAAAAUUAAAAAAGAAGGUGGAAUAGAAGGAAAAGUUAGUAAAGCAUUAUUAGUUUUAUUAUGGGGUGUAUUAUCAUCUGCACGAAAAAGAAUAUCAGAAAUUGUGAAGCCACUAGAAGAUCAAGUAAAACGUAUACAUACAGAUAGCUUUAUUAUAGCUAAAAAAGUAAAACUUAAAACGGGAAUAGAAAUGGGUGAGCUGAAAUUUGAGAAAAAUGGAGUUUGUGUAGUAAAAAAUUGUAUAUCAAUUACAUGGAAACUGUCAUAUCCAGAAAUUCCAAAUUUGAUUAUUUUCAAAGAAAAUGAGUUUCGCUCUACAAAUAGUUUAUCAGAUUUUGAGAAAAUACAACAAGAUAAAAAGCAGAAUACAAUAUUAGAUACAAAGUAUCCUGCUUUACAGAUAGCAAAAAGAAAACUAUCAAAAAAGUCUAAUAUAAAUCUUCUGAAUGAAAUUAUAAUAGAAAUAUUUCAAUAUUUACAAACACAAAAUAAAAGAUUAUAUG